AUGAGUUCGGACUGGAGCCCCGGUGAAGUCCACGAGACAUUCUCAGAAUGGGCUCUUGCGCAGGGCGUCAUUGCAAAUAAAGUCCGACCUGCGCGAUUUCCAGGUCGGGGGCUAGGGAUGAUCGCAACGGACACUAUCAAGUCCGGGGAUUUCGUCGUCAAAGUCCCAACAACAACAAUCUUAACCGCAGACAAAAUCCCCUCUGAAUUCCGAUCCCAGUUUCCCGAAGAUACCAGAAUCCAAGCUAUCAUCGCAGCCUACCUCACCUGCAGCAGUGAAGAAGAACUAGCUCCGUACAGUCUAUGGUUCAAGACCUGGCCUACGCGCCAAGAUUUCGAAGAUAGCAUGCCAAUGCUGUGGCCGCGAUCAUUGGGUGGGUUGACCUGGCCCGAUAGUGACGAUGUCGCAGACCCUGUUUCUGCUUCGCAGUCGAAUUUCCUCCCGCCUUGCAUUUCGGGGUUAUGGAAUUCUAUUCAGAAAGGAGGGGCUGCGAGACAGUACGAGACUGAGCACCAGGAUCUCGUGCAGCAACAGGGUCGGCGGCUGGGGAAGGCUUGGAAUGAUGUUGUUUCGGUUAUUCCGGAUAUCGAUUGGAAGUCUUUCUCUUAUCAUUGGCUUAUUCUCAAUACGAGGAGCUUCUAUUGGGUUGCGCCGGAUGAGGAGGCUCCCGAGGAUCGGAAUGAUGCUAUGGCUUUGCUGCCCUUUGCUGAUUAUUUCAAUCAUUCGGAUGUAGAGUGUGAUGUCAAGUUUGAUGGAGAUGGGUAUACCCUGAGUGCCACCGAGGACUAUGAAGCGGGUGACGAGGUUUAUAUGAGCUACGGAAGCCACCCGAACGACUUCUUGCUCGCCGAAUAUGGUUUCUUCAUGGAUAAGAAUGACUCAGAUUGCAUCUACCUUGACGAUAUUAUCCUGUGCGACUUCCCCAGCGCAGAGAAACAAGAAGAGCUAUGGCUGAACCAAUAUUACGGUAAUUACUCGGUCAACUCUGAGGGAGUCUGCUACCGAACGGAGAUAGCUGCGUGUCUAAUGUACAUGGAAGAAGAGGAUUGGAGGAACCACCUGGAGGGAUCGACCGAGGGUGUGGAUGAGAAGAAGUCAGAGGACAUCAUCAAGGGGUGGCUGAAGACAUAUGCCGCGGAGGCAGAUGCCACAAUGAGCGCACUGCGGAAAGCGAUGAAGUCUGGCGCCGUGCCCGAGACACACCAUGGGAAGGCAGAAUAUUUGCUGCGGAGGUGGAAGCAGAUCAAGAGUAUCUGCGAGAGCGCAUCGAGCGCGCUAUCUUUGUAA